AUGGUGCUCAGUACGUUAUCCGAUGCACUACUUAAAAACAUUGUUGAUCGCCUGCGCACCGAGUUCGCCAUCAAGGAUAUGGGGCCGCUGCACUUCUUCCUUGGCGUCGACGUUCAACGCACUGCCCACGAGUUCUUCCUGUCGCAGAACAAGUACGCAGUGGAGCUAUUCGACCGCGCUGGGAUGACGAACUGCAAGCCCGCGGCAACGCCCAUCGACACAAAAGCAAAGCUCUCGUCCACGGCCGGAUCUGCAGUCCAUGAUCCUAGCGAGUACCGCAGCAUCACUGGAGCUCUCCAAUACCUCACCAUCACUAGGCCAGACAUCGCCUACGCCGUGCAACAGGCCUGCCUGCACAUGCAUGAUCCACGGGAGUGUCACCUGGCGCUCGUGAAGCGGAUCCUACGUUACGUUCACGGGACGACAAACCUCGGUCUUCAUCUCCGCGCCACGACAUCACCGACCAUCACAGCGUACUCCAACGCUGACUGGGCUGGGUGCCCGGACACCAGGCGCUCGACGUCGGGAUACUGCAUCUUCUUCGGCGAUGUGCUGGUGUCGUGGUCGUCUAAACGACAGCCCACGGUGUCGCGCUCCAGCGCAGAGGCCGAAUAA